AUGAAUCUCGAUUCAGAUCAUGUUUUCCUACCAAUUCCUCUCCCUGGUGACCAAGCCCACCGUCCAGCUAAGCUACAACUUCCAUCCGGCCACAACACGCUGAGCGCCGUACGGGACCUGCACCAGCUGCUCACGCAGAUCGCCGCGUCUGACCUGCACAUCUCCGACCUCGAUCAUCUGCCACUCAUCCUGGUCUCGAACUCAAUCGGCGACGCGCUGGCGCGCCUCUACGCACAGGAAUACCCCGGCACGGUCGCCGGCCUCCUCUUCCUGGACAGCGUGCUAGCCAACUCGGACUUCGUCUCCAUCUACCCAAACCCGGACGCGGCGGGGUUCGACACCACCGACCUGGCGGACGGCGUCACGGUCGAUGGGCUCCGUGCUCCGCGCGCGUUCAUGCAGCGCGUGUUCCACCCCAGCAAUGGGAGUCGCGAGGGGCUCAGUCGCCGCAAUCUGGCGCAGCUGUUGCCCGAGAGCGAUAAGCCGAAACUUCGGGGCCCCGGGGCGGCGCGCGGGCCAUGGGUCACGGUUGUGGGUCAUGAGUUUGAGGCGUUCGAGGCCGAGUUCGCUCGGAUGAGCGGUGUCGCCUCCCCCCGGCUGACCGAGGUCUAUCUGAACCCUUACUGGCAUCGGUUCAAUCACGGGUUGGCCACGCUUACGGAGCCCGCGCGCAGCAGAGGCCCGCUUCAGGCUCCCGGCGCCGGGCACUUCAUUCAGAGGGAUAAUCCGGUGGAUGGUCUGCGAUGAGCUACGGUGGAUUCUUCACAGGGCUUUCUGAGGGCGUGCCCGAUUUGCUUUGCGGGUGGAUCGUCGGUCGUAUGUAUGUAUGUAUGUAUGUAAGUAAGUAAGUAUGUAUGUAUGUAUGCUUUGGAGUGGGUGGGGGAGCUAUUGGUAUUUGAGCUGGUG